CCUCUGAGCCUGCGCAGCGUCGGCGAUGGCGGGCAUCGAGGGCGAAGACGCCAGCGCCACCUUGGACCACAUCCUCACCCAGUUCAACACCUACGAGGAUUACCUGGAUUCGCAGAUCACCACACAGGACCUGUAUUACUUGGAGAACGAAGAAAUGGCUCGCCAGCUGGUGGAGCUGGGCUUCCGAGGAAGCGGGGAAGUGCUGAAGAGGGAAGAUUUCAUAGCUAGGAAAUUGGCCGCCGAGGCUUCGAGACUCUCAGAAAGACAGCAGCAAAAAGCUCUGGCAAGUGCAGGAAAAGAGCUGAAAGACGAAUUUCUGAAGGCAUUGGCGGAGAGGGAGGAAGCUAACCGCAACGGGAAAAUGUCUUCCAUAAUCUUCAUUCGGGAUCUAAAUUUCCGUGGCCAGGAAGUAUCUGCAUAUAUCGAUUAUGCACACCGGUUAAAGGUGGACGAGUUUGAAGUCUAUUUCAGUGGCAAGAAGAAGCUUUUCCCCAGGCACUCUGAUCUGAGUUUCUACAACUGGGACAGGAAUAUCUGCUGCUUGAAUUCAAGUCCAAAUUACCAAGUGAUUGCAGAAAAUGUGUGUGGCGUCCUCUUCAAGAACAAGUCUGACAGGAAGGUCAUUAAUGUUGACCCCAAGGCUUAUCCAGGGGACAACACAACACGGACUCCAAUCGAAACGGACCUCUACCUGCAGGUGGUCAUUUAUGACCAUGUCCUCAGAAGAAAGCUCUAAACAUCAUUUCUGAUGAGGAACAAAUACGCUGGAAUAAGUCUUUAAUAUGUAUACCAGAAGUGGAGAUGGGGGGAGUAGUUUAUUUCACGACCAAAUAGUCAAGGAUGCCUUAGGCUGUUAAGGAACUGUUACCAAAUAGCACUUUUCCUGAGGUUGCUUAUUAAAGAGGUUUUGCCUUUGUUUUCCUGUCUGCAUAAGAGUGCUUUAAAUCAUUUAAGAACCCUAAAAUACAGCACCCCUUUAGAAACGUGUGUUAACUCAGUGCACAGUUACUUCUAAUUACUUUUUGAACCACAGAAUGCCUUCCACCACACCUCGGGAAAUGUGUGCAGGUUUGGGGGAAUGCAAACUUUUGGUGAGGCAUCAAAUGUGUGUGAAUCAGAACAGGAGGAGGUGAAACUGAAUUAACAAAAUAAGAUAGGGCAGGGUGGGGUGGGAAGAGAGCUGUGUUGCUCUUCACUUAAUGAUAUUCACUAAAUGAGUGCCCUGGAAACUCAACGCCAAACUUCAAAUGAUUUUACAUGUGUCACCUUGGAGCUGAGUGGAUCCUUUAAAGCAGGGCUUGCACAGCCUGUGGCCCUUGAGACUUGCCUCCACUGCAAUGUCCAUCACCUCUUGACUGGCUGGGCUGCUGGAGUCUAGCCAAAUGCAGCCCACAGGUUGACCACUGGUGCUUUGAAAUCUGUAAAUCGGAGGGGCUAGGCAGCCAGUUUAGGUACCAGCAACUCAUUCCUUUCAUGCUAUGGCCCCUCUCCUCCCCACCCCACCCCACUCAACAAAAAGACAAUUGGAAGGGGAGUUCACAGAUUGCAUUUGGAAAUGCUAACUGAGAAUUAAUUUAAUCAGUGGCAACCUACUAUAGUUUGAACGCUGGGGAAAAGUUUGGUACCUUGGCUCCCACACAUCAAAUCAUAUAACUAUAGAGUUGGAAGGGACCCUGAGAGUAAUCUAGUCCAGGCAUGUCCAACUCUCAAGAGACUGUCAUCUACUCCCAGUAUUAAAAUAAAAUAAAAUGGCAGUGAUCUACCCAUUGUCAUUGGAGGGAGGAGGUGCAUGCGUGGGGUGGGUGGGUGGAUUACCCAGAGUUGUUGAGCUUUUUUAAGGUGGGAAGUGCCCAGAGCUUUUGGGGAGGAUUGCGCAGAAUUUUUUAGCUUUCCCCCCAUAACUUUUUGUACACAAUAAGGACCCCGUGAUCUACCAGGAUCAGCCGAGGAUCUACUGGUCGGACUAUCGGAAUCGGGGGGUCAAAAGGCCAGCUGGCUCAGCCCCGGCUGGAGCGUCUCCCCUCAGCCUUGCCGCUGCAGAGAUCCAUCGACCUCUGCUCCAAUGUGCAUCAGUGGCUCAAGCUUGCAGACUUGAGCACAUUUUCCUCAGCAGUGCAAACUGCAGAACAGAAGAGGCUUGAGGCUGUAGACACAUACAGUGGAACCUCUGUUUAUGAACACCUCGGUUUACGAAUUUUCGGUUUACGAACGCUGCGGACCCAUCUGGAACGGAUUAAUCCACUUUCCAUUACUUUCAAUGGGAAAGUUCGCUUCAGUUUAUGAACGCUUCAGUUUAUGAACAGACUUCUGGAACCAAUUACACCCAUGCUUCAGGUUAAGUACGCUUCAGGUUGAGUACUCCGCGGACCUGUCUGGAACGGAUUAAUCCACUUUCCAUUACUUUCAAUGGGAAAGUUCGCUUCGGUUUAUGAACGCUUCAGUUUAUGAACAGACUUCCGGAACCAAUUGUGUUCAAAAACCAAGGUACCACUGUACUAAUCUAGGCAUUUAUUAUACAUAAAUCAGGACAAAGGAAAAAAUGGCAUCUCUCCUUGCUGUCUUCUCAGAGACUGAAAACAAAUCCAAUACAGAGCGGAAGUUCCCCUCCAGCAAUCUGUGCUGGAAUGUAAACAGACGUGUGACAUGCAACAAUCCACAUAUCUGCAGCAAAAGGUGGAAUUUGACUCCCAAUAUGGACAUCCCUGCUGUAGUCCAACCCCCUGCAAUGCAGAAAUAUCCAGCUGUCCCAUAUAGAGAUCGAACCUGUGACCCUGGCAUUUUCAGCACCCUGCUCUCACCAAGUGAGCUAGAGCUGCUCUGUGUGCAAACACCCCCAGUGUGGUCCUACCACAGGCACCCCCAAACUUCGGCCCUCCAGAUGUUUUGGACUACAAUUCCCAUCUUCCCCGACCACUGGUCCUGUUAGCUAGGGAUCAUGGGAGUUGUAGGCCAAAACAUCUGGAGGGCCGCAGUUUGGGGAUGCCUGUCCUACCACCUGCAUUGCAAGCUAGACUAUUAAACGCAAUAUUUCUCCCUGCCUUCCCUGCUUCCUUUCUUUUUCCUUGAUAUAGGGUCUCAUGCCUCACCCAGAAGCCCAGGAAACUGGAUUUUUGCAUCUGGAAAGGAACAGUUCCCUUGUCAGUUUGCAAAUCUCUAAUUAAAAGUACCCACCUAGAAAAAUGUGUCUCUUCCUGCAGGUGGGGGGCAGGUGAUGCUACGGGCCAAAUGCUCACAGGGAGGGCUGGGAAGAUCCAGCUUGGGAAUGAGCAAAGAGCCAAAGAAAUCACAGAGCAGAACAGCUCCAGGGGAAGGGCUACUGUCAAUAAGCCCGUAAAGAGGACACCCAAAGGGAGGGCUGGGGAGUCUCACAGUGAGUAGUUAAGUGCUGUGCUGCUUAAGAGGCACUUGAAUGGAGGCAGACUCAUUAACAGGUGGGCACAGCUCCAGUAACAUAGCAAGAUCUAGGCCACGCAGGAGGAGUCCUUCUCUUGCCAGGAUUGUCUCUGCUCCCAGGAAGGGCAAGGGAAGGAAUCAAAUUGUGAGCGAGAGAUGAGGAUGAAACCAGAGGGGCACGUGCUUCAAUGUCUCCCCCACCACUAAGGUAGCCUUGUCUUUGACAGCUUACCUGAUGGUCAUGCAGGUGAGUGAGGAGGCUGAAGGGAGAGGGACAGGAUGCCCCAUUCUUCCUCCAGCAGUCCACUUGCUUUCCAUGUGAGCCACAGAAGAAGGAAAGCCUUUUCCCAGUGACCAUCGUGCAAAUCCAUAGGUGUGGCUCUGUUCCCUCUGCCAAUCCCCUCGAUAGAAGGCUUGGGGUGUUUUUUACGAGCCUGACAAGAGGCUAGGAGCAGGAUUCCCCCUCCCACACACAAACACACCUCUUUCCACAGCCAGCAUGCACAUUCUGGCUACAGCCUCAAUGCAAGCUGCAUUUGUGGAUUUGUUUAUAAUGCAGUGUGAAGGAGACAUCAGGAGGGGAUUGGUGCAGAAAUGCUCAAUGCCUGUGUGCUCACUGCAGUCCCCAUGCAAAGGUUGCUUAGAGGAGAUGUUGUCGGGUGGCAGGCCAAGUAGAAUCAUAGAAUCAUAGAGUUGGAAGAGACCACAAGGGUCAUCCAGUCCAACCCCCUGCCAAGCAGGAAACACCAUCAAAGCAUUCUUGACAUAUGCUUGUCAAGCCUCUGCUUGAAGACCUCCAAAGAAGGAGACUCCACCACACUCCUUGGUAGCAAAUUCCACUGCCAAACAGCUCUUACUGUCAGGAAGUUCUUCCUAAUGUUUAGGUGGAAUCUUAUUUCUUGUAGUUUGAAUCCAUUGCUCCGUGUCCGCUUCUCUGGAGCAGCAGAAAACAAUCUUUCUCCCUCCUCCAUAUGACAUCCUUUCAUAUAUUUGAACAUGGCUAUCAUAUCACCCCUUAACCUUCUCUUCUCCUGGCUAAACAUACGCAGCUCCCUAAGCCAUUCCUCAUAAGGUAUAAGGUAUAAGUAUGUGCAGCAGCUCUCUGUGUAGAUCACAUAAUUUAUCGGUGCCUCCCAAAAGAUUGCCCGCUUGACAGCAUAUAAUGAACUGCUGUACACGAACAGGGGUUGUGUUUGCACUGCACCUGGAAGAAGGGAGCUGCUCCAUUUUAUGAGUGAGGAAGAGCUUUCAAGGUGUGAAUAGCUGGUCUUUCUCAGAGAAUAUGUGGGGAGUUUUGUUCACCUCUUCACACUUCGUUUUGUGUAGUUUUCCCGCCUUCCAUUUAACCAAGUGCCCAAGAGGUUUAAGGUUGCAGCCAGAGGGGAAAGGAAGGGAAACAGUGUGUGAGAGAGAGCGCAAUUGGAUCAGCUUCCCCUGAUUCUGUUUGGUAGAAUUUAAUAGCAUGGAGGUAACCAAAAGAAUGCUCAGACUACUGCUUUGGUGAGGCCCAUUGAUGGAGGACCGAAAGGAGAAGACAUAGCAGAAGCCUAAAAGGAAAGAUGAUGAGGGUGAGUUUUCUUCAUUUGCCUGGACUAAUAGCAGUGAAGCGUUACUAAAUUAAUUCUCUGCUAAUCUUGGUUCAAUAAAUCUUGGGAUUCAAGAGAUAUUUUUAGAUGAUUAAUUGAAGAAUGAUUUGAUUCUGGACUUGGAGUCAUGCUAUGCCUUUCAUGCUAUAUAGCUGGGAGAAGUCUUUGUCCAUGGAGUUUUCUUGGCAGGGAUACUGGAGUGGCUUGCCAGUUCCUUCUCCAGGUGGAUCACCUUUAGUCAAAACUCUCCACUAUGACCUGUCCAUCUUAGGUGGCCCUGCAUGGCAUAGCUCAUAGCUUCUCUGAGUUAUUCAAGCCCCUUCGCCAUGACAAGGCAUUGAUCCAUGAAGGAUCCAUCCCAGUAGUGAUGUAUGGAAGUGAGAGCUGGACCAUAAAGAAGGCUGAUCGCCGAAGAAUUGAUGCUUUUGAAUUAUGGUGCUGGAGGAGACUCUUGAGAGUCCCAUGGACUGCAAGAAGAUCAAACCUAUCCAUUCUGAAGGAAAUCAGCCCUGAGUGCUCACUGGAAGGACAGAUCAUGAAGCUGAGGCUCCAAUACUUUGGCCACCUCAUGAGAAGAGAAGACUCCCUGGAAAAGACCCUGAUGUUGGGAAAGAAUGAGGACAGUAGGAGAAGGGGACGACAGAGGACGAGAUGGUUAGACAGUGUUCUCGAAGCUACAAACAUGAGUUUGACCAAACUGCGGGAGGCAGUGCAAGACAGGAGUGCCUGGCAUGCUGUGGUCCAUGGGGUCACGAAGAGUCGGACACGACUAAACGACUAAACAAAGCUGGGAGAAGGGUUUGGUAUAUAUUCACAAUGAAUACUUGGACUACGACUAUAGGUUCCUGCAAGGUUUAAGCAAGUUGGUAAUAAGGAAGUUCAGUCUCCAGGCCAAUGUGUGCACAAAGCUGGGCUCCAUUGCUGGGCUUUGGUGAGCUUAUUUGCUGGCGGGCAGGAAUGAGCACCUUGACCUAGCCACCGUUAUAAUCUCCAUCAAUGCCCCCCCCCAGCUCACUCUGAAAUGGUGCCCAGCCCCUGUCAGCCAGCAUUGCAUUAACAUCUGUAGUGAUGAAAUGUUUCGAGAGAUUGGUCCUCCAUCAUCUUAGAACAUGUUUUCCACCGGACUUUGAUAACCACCAGUUCGCCUACAGGAGAAAUAGGUCAACAGAUGAUGCCAUUGCUACAGCUUUUCACCUUGCAGCGAGUCAUCUGGAGAGACCAGGGAAUUAUGUCAGAAUGCUUUUUAUUUAUUAUAGCUCGGCUUUCAAUACCAUCCUUCCGGACAUUCUCAUCGCAAAGUUAAGGGACCUGGACCUUUCUUCUAACAUGUGUGAUUGGAUUAAAGACUUUCUGAGAGAUCGGACACAAAGAGUGAGGAUUGGUCCUGUUACAUCUACCUCCCUGAAGCUCAGCACUGGCACUCCACAGGGAUGUGUGCUAAGUCCAUUCCUGUAUUCGUUAUGUACAUAUGAUUGCAUUUCAUCUGACCCAUCUACUGCAAUUAUUAAGUUUGCUGAUGACACCAUCAUAAUGGGUUUAAUUACAGGCAGUGACGAAUCUGUGUACAGGGGGGAGGUUCAAAAGGUAUCCACAAUGUGCUCUGAGAACAACCUGCACCUAAACAUUGGCAAGACAAAGGCGAUGGUGUUGGACUUUCGGAGGAAGAGAGGGGAGCUAGCCCCGUUGUAUAUCGGGGAGGGGGGCUGUGUAGAGAGAGUCUCUUCCUUUAAAUACCUGGGAGUCCAUCUUAGUGAAGACCUAACUUGGAAGGUCAAUACAGCCCAGGUGGUUAGGAAGGCCCAACAGAGACUUCAUUUCCUUAGGGUCUUUCAAAAGAACAAAGUUGGACAGCAAUUGAUGAUUUCCUUCUAUCGGUCCACGAUAGAAA